AGCGUUCAGUAUCGUUCCAAAUGAAACGCAAAAAGGUCAACAUAUUUUCUGUCGUAUAUUUUGCAUUUAUAUGGACAUAAAAAUGGCUUUCUAGUUUGCACGCAAACAAAACACAAGCACGGAUAGUGCCCACACAGACAAAAUUAUGAAAAUGUUAACAAAAUACCUAGCCACCAUGGCGUCCUCACAACAAGAACAACCGCAACAACAACCAGCGUUCAUCACAUCCAUCGAACCGUUUUCAAUAGCUUUCGAAGAUAUCCCGUUAAGCUUUUAUUCCGAUUUGACAUCAUCAUAUGACCACCUUCAGCAGCAGCAAAAUACCAUUGACAAUGGAGAGUUUGGAUUUGCCCCAAGAACUUUACUGGGAUCCCAAGGUCGAGCCAGUUUCGCCACCCUCAACGGGUUGCGAGCUGUUUGCGCUUGAUGAUCCCAAUUUUCUCUAUGACGAUAACUUUGCAAAUGGCAUUACGCUCUUAAGCGUAGAGGAGGCAGACUCCUUGGAGAGGUCGGCGAGUUUGGAGCUGCUCAGCGAUGAAGAUUUCGUUGUGGAAUUCAUGGACAUGAAGGAUGAAGAGUGCCUCCUAGACCAGAAGGCGUCGCACUACAUUGACUAUGAAACUUCGACGUUUCCCCAACAGCUCGAUGUGGUGCAGCCGGACAUGCUGCCCGAGACCAAAGUGCAGGAGGCGAAUGCAGCAAUGGCCAGCGACUUUCAACAUGCUGAUGCGUCGAUGAUCUUACAGCAAUUGACGCCGCCGCAAUCGCCGCCACAGUUCGAGGCACAGAUCCCACAACAGCAGCCGCUGGAGCAGCCUAUUAAGCAGGAGUCGAAGCAGCUGCAAUAUGCCACCGAUGCUAUACCAACAACAACAACAGCUGGCGCAGCCUAUGGCUUCAACAAUUGGCUGCCCGAGAACGAGAUCAUACGGGAAACCCAGCUCGUCGACGAUAUUGUCAACAUGCGCGCCCAGGAGCUGCAGCUGCCCAUCAACUGGCAGCAAUACAACGAUGACUGCGAAUCGCAGGCAUCCUCCACAAUGUGCAGCAGCAGCAGCCGCAGCAGCAGCAGCAUCAGUAGCAGCAGCAGCAGCAGCAGUAGCCCCAGUCCGAGCAGCAGCAUUGCUGAUGCGGAUGAGGAUUGGCUGCCGGGUAGCAGCAGCAGCUCGCCCAUCCACAACAGCGGCGAGGAGCAGCUGCCAGCCAAGGGGGCCAAGAAGCGCACGCGCGCCUAUGGACGCGGCGUCGAGGAUCGCAAGAUACGUAAAAAGGAGCAGAACAAAAAUGCGGCCACACGCUAUCGCCAGAAGAAGAAACAGGAAAUGGAGCACGUCCUCGGCGAGGAGCAGCAGCUGCAGCAGACAAAUGCGCAACUGCGCCGCCAGCUAAACGAUCGGCUCAAUGAAUCGCGUUACCUGCGCCAGCUCAUCCGCGAGUUCUACAAGGAUCGCCAGCAAUAGAAGCGAAUCACUCAAACUGUUGCCCUUCAAGUUCAAAUGUCUAUCUUAUCUUUCUGCUUAGCUCUACCUAAAUGCCCUAUGCAAAGUUAUCGUUAUCGUUAUUGUCACGUUGCAAAUGAACCGCAAGCCACCCAACUACCCCCCAACCAACACACACAGACACACCCAACGCCACAACAAAUGCAUUUCGAUAUCAAGCAAACUUUAGCUGCCUGUCCAGCUCAGCAUUCUUUGGCACCUAUGACAAGUCGCCUCGCUGCGUCUUCGAGAAACCUUUUGCCGGUGCUAAGCCGUGGACAAAAACAACAACACUUGAUGCCGCACAGGCCAAUGU